AUGUCUGGUGUCAAGCGCUACCCUCCAAAACGACUCAUUGUCUGCUGUGAUGGCACCUGGCAGGAUUCGCUCGCCGACGAGGCCCAACCGCCGUCAAACCUCACUCGCUUCAGCAGAGCGUUGAGCCGCCUCGCCAUUGUCGAUGGCGAGGACGGCCAACAACACGAGAUCCCUCAGAUCGUCUACUACCAGAAGGGCGUGGGAACUAGUCUCGGAGACAAAUACUGGGGCGGCGUGGCCGGGCUGGGCGUCAGCGCCAACGUGCGAGCUGCGUACGGCUUCCUGGCCGACAACUACAACGACGGCGACAAGAUCUAUUUUUUUGGCUUUUCGCGCGGCGCGUACACUGCCCGUGCCGUCGCCGGGCUCGUCUGCCAAUGGGGUCUGCUGACCCCGCGCGGCAUGGAUAACUUUGCGCUUGUGUAUGAUGAUUUCUACAACCACAAAGUCGAGGGAUACAAUGCGGAGCAACGCAAACGGAUGGGGUUCCGCGACCCUUUGCCGCGGUUCACAGUCGAGAUCAUCGGGGUGUGGGAUACGGUUGGGUUCCAGAAGGCGUGGCUGGGCCGGGACUCGGGCGAGAAGCUGGAGCUGCGGAAUACAAUACUGCAGGAUAAUGUGCGCUGUGCGUACCAUGCGCUGUCACUGGACGAGGAGCGCACGGCGUUUCAGCCGAUCGUGUGGCAUAUCCCGCACAAGAACGAGGGACAGGAGAUGCUCCAGGUGUGGUUUUCCGGUGUGCAUACGGAUGUCGGCGGUGGAGACGAGAAUCCCCGGCUGUCGAACAUCACUCUGGCAUGGAUGAUUGCGCAGUGCAUGAAGCAUAGGCAGCUGAGCUUUGACAUCGAAGAGUAUCUGUUCGACGAUCCCCCGCAACCAGAGGAAAGCGAGAUGUCUCCUUGGGCGACGAGCCUGGGGAAACUCGACCACAGCAGUAUAGUACGAACCUUACAGGGUAAGCUGGGAGGAAGAUCAACUCGCAAGCCGAUGGGGUAUAACCCGGCGGGUCAGGAGUCCGAUAUCACGAACGAAUUCAUUCAUGAAUCUGUCCGGGAUCGCAAUCUCGCCAAGUGGCCAUGCGCCGCGCUCAAGGGACGUCACGAUGAGAAGAGCUGGAAUCUGACGUCUGGCAAGCAGAUCUCCGAAGUUCCUGCGUUGCAGAUGGAAAAGUAUAUGAAGGGUCGCAUUCGGACUGUGCAUGUCACUGAGGAAGAUUAA